UCAUAUUCUUAUAGUAUUGUCCUCGUUCUUUCCCUUUUAAGCCCUGUUCCUCAUUGCCAAAGUGGGUCCCUUGCACUACCUCAUCAUCACUCAAUUCAUUUGGUCUUGACACAAGUUUUUGUGACAACAAUAAAGUUCUACCUCUCUCUCUCUCUCUCUCUCUUUCAGUGUUCAUGGUGAUCUUCAGCUCCCUAAGCUACUAGUGACUUUUCUUUGGAGAUCAAAGAGGUUUACAUGUGUCAACUAAAUUUCAGAAGGGGUCCUGUCAAAACAUUGACAACAUGGCUCAUUUUCCUUUUUGUCUUCAAAUUCAGUUAUGCAGUCCAAGAUCCUGAUGUAGAAGGUGAAGCUUUGCUUGAUGUUUUGAAAGACCUCAAUGAUUCCAAUAAUCGAAUAACAGACUGGGACAAAUUUUUAGUGAGCCCUUGCUUCAGUUGGUCUCAUGUGAAUUGUAAAAACGGACAUGUCAUAUCUUUGUCCCUGGCUUCACUUGAAUUUGCUGGAACACUUUCUCCCUCAAUUGCCAAAUUGAAAUAUUUGGUUAGCUUGGAAUUGCAGAACAACCAUCUUUCAGGCCCCUUACCUGAUUCCAUUUCCAACUUGACUUACCUACAAUAUCUAAAUCUUGCUGGCAAUAAUUUUAAUGGUUCUUUACCUGCUACAUGGGGUCAACUAACCAGUCUAAAGAAUUUGGAUCUUUCAUCUAAUGCUCUUAGUGGAAGCGUCCCAGUACAACUCUUUUCAGUUCCAAUGUUCAACUUUUCGAAUACGGACCUUCAUUGCGACUCUAACUUGGAGCAGCCUUGUGUUUCCAAAUCUGAACAUCCAGCUACAACAAACAGAUCGAAGGUAGCCAAAGCUAUACGUUUUGCAAGUUGCGGUGUAUUUGCAAUUCUGUUUCUCGGGGCUAUCUUUUCAUAUAGAUAUCAUAAAAUGCAGAGGCGAAAAAAUGAAGUCUUUGUUGAUGUCUCAGGUGAAGAUGAGAGCAAAAUUUCAUUUGGGCAAUUGAGAAGAUUUUCUUGGCGCGAACUCCAACUUGCAACUAGAAAUUUCAGUGAAAGCAAUGUAAUUGGCCAGGGUGGCUUUGGAAAAGUGUACAAAGGAGUUCUCCCAGAUAACACAAAAAUUGCGGUGAAACGCCUCACUGAUUAUAAUAAUCCUGGUGGAGAGGCUGCAUUCGAGAGAGAAGUUCUUCUUAUAAGUGUUGCGGUUCACAGAAACCUCCUAAGAUUAAUUGGAUUCUGUACAACUUUAACUGAAAGAAUCCUCGUAUACCCUUUCAUGGAAAAUCUUAGUGUAGGAUAUAGACUGAGAGAUUUGAAACCUGAUGAGAAAGGCUUGGACUGGCCAACAAGGAAGCGUGUGGCUUUUGGUACAGCCCAUGGUUUGGAGUAUCUACAUGAGCAAUGCAAUCCAAAGAUAAUACACCGCGACCUAAAGGCUGCGAAUAUUCUACUAGAUGAUGAUUUUGAAGCUGUUCUAGGUGACUUUGGGCUAGCCAAGCUGGUUGAUGCAAGGAUGACUCAUGUUACUACUCAAGUGAGGGGCACCAUGGGUCAUAUUGCCCCUGAAUAUUUGUCAACUGGAAAAUCAUCUGAGAAGACAGAUGUAUUUGGAUAUGGCAUCACACUUCUUGAACUAGUCACCGGUCAGCGCGCAAUAGACCUCUCUCGGCUUGAAGAGGACGAGGAUGUUCUUCUGAUUGAUCAUGCCAAAAAGCUAAUGAGACAAAGCAGGCUAGAAGACAUUGUGGAUAGAAAUUUGGAGACUUAUGAUACCAAAGAAGUUGAGACUAUUCUUCAGGUUGCUUUGCUUUGCACUCAAGGCUCUCCAGAGGAUCGUCCGAGCAUGUCGGAGGUGGUGAAGAUGCUGCAGGGAGUAGGCUUGGCUGAUAAAUGGGCUGACUGGCAGCAACUUGAAGAGGCUAGGAAUGAAGAAUUAUCACUCAUGACUCACCAAUUUGCUUGGAGUGAUGAAUCCACACUUGAUCAAGAAGCUAUGCAGCUUUCCACAGCAAGAUAGCGAGAGAAAGGUGGAGUCAAUUUUGAAAUAUGGUUUGCUUGUUAUCAUAGGAUAUACAUAGAUUUAUAUAUGUACUUCACUGUGCUCUAAAGAUAAAGGCAUAAGUAUCCUAAAGUCUGUAUUAUAUAAUAGUCAUGGGUAUAGAAUUAAAAAAAAGGAGUGAGAGAGUUAGCAUAGCAAAGACAAUUUGCUGCAUUUGAAUAGAGGUGAAUAUUAUUGAGAUGACUGGUUGCAAUAUGUGUAUAAUAUCAUAAUUGCUCA